AUGGACGUACAGAAAAUGAGUUAUUUAGCAGUACUCUUGCUUGUCUUGGCUCUUUGCAUGAGUCAACCGCUAAUCGCCAACGCUGGCAAGUUCGUGGUUCACGUUGAAAACGGGCUCAAAAAUGAUAUUCUACAAGCUCAUUGUAAGUCCGGAGACGAUGAUCUUGGCCUCCAGUAUAUCUCUGUCAAUAAAGAGUUCCAAUGGAGUUUUGGCAUCAACUUUUGGCAGAGCACACUCUUCUUCUGCAACAUGUCGUGGGUGGGUGGACAACGGACCUUCGAUGUCUUCUGGGUUAACAACAUUUUCUUCCGUAAGUAUUGUCCCCAUUAUGAUUGCUUAUGGAGGGCUCAAGAGGAUGGAAUUUACUUGUUCAAUUACGAGAGUAGCGAAUAUGAAUUCCAAUAUAAGUGGGAACCACGACAAAUUUGA